AUGUCUAUUGUCUUACCUGCAGGAGAUGCUAGCGGUUUCAAAGCCGUUGGAAAAUAUUCAGCGCCAGUUCGUCGUCCAAUCGAGCCAGUUGGACGUUACUUUUUAGCACAUGCAUCGAGAACUCUUAGGGGCCACACUUGGUCAGAGUUUGAGAAGAUCGAGGCUGAAAAGAAUGUUAAACAAAUUGAAGAAGACGAAGAUGACGAUUUGGGAGACGAAGAGCAAAGUGAAGAGUUGUUAGAACACGAUCCAAGAGAAUGGAAGACAGCUAAUUUGUACGCUGUUUUAGGGUUGUCACAUUUGAGAUACAAGGCCACUGAAGAUCAAAUCAGAAGAGCACACAGAAAACAAGUGUUGAAACAUCACCCAGAUAAGAAGUCAGCAUCUGGUGGUUUGGAGCACGAUUCAUUCUUCAAGAUCAUUCAAAAGGCAUUUGAGGUGAUGUUGGACCCAGUCAAGAGAAAGCAAUACGACUCUGUUGAUACCGAGUCCGACCCUCAACCACCAUCACCUAAAACAAACUACGACUUCUUUGAAGUUUGGGGACCAAUUUUUGAGAGCGAAGGAAGAUUUUCCAAUAAGCAGCCUGUUCCAUCUUUGGGUGGUCCAGAUGCUACCAAAGAUGAAGUCGACGCUUUCUACAACUUCUGGGGUAAAUUUGACUCUUGGAAGACAUUUGAGUUCAAAGAUGAAGAUGUCCCAGAUGACACUGCCAACAGAGACCACAAGCGUUACAUUGAGCGUAAGAAUGUAGCAGCCAGAAAGAAGUUCAAGCAAGAGGACAACAAGAGAGUGAUUGGUUUGGUUGAAAGAGCUUACAGCGAGGACCCAAGAAUCAAGGCAUUCAAAGAGGCUGCUAAAAAGGCCAAGGCAGCAAAGAAAUGGGAACAAGAAGCCGGUUCUAGAAAAGCUGCCGAAGAAGCCGCAGCAAAGAAAGCAGCUGAAGAAGAAGCAGCUAAAAAGGCUGCCGAGGAAGCUGCCAAUGCCAAAGCCAACUCCAAAAAGGCAAAGGAGGCUGCCAAGGCUGCUAAGAAAAAGAAUAAGAGAAAUAUCAGAGCUGCCGUUAAGGACAAUGGCUAUUUCGGAGAUGAGGCAAAGAGCUCGGUCAUUGAUGCCGAUGUUGAUUUGCUUAUCGAGAAAUUCGACGAUGUUAAGUUGGGAGAGGUUGCUUCAAGCUUGAAAGAUGCAGAUGCUACCACAACCAAAUCAGUCAUUGAAAACGCUGCUAAGGACUUGGUUUCUGCUGGAUCUUUAGAGAAGUCUUACUUGAAGUACUUUCAAUUAUAG